UGUGAUCGGCUUAUCCGCUCUGAUGGAUUUCAUAUUGAGAGACCAGUUUCCUGAAACGAGAACACCCAAACGUAUUAGAAAGGUUUAUAAAACAAAUGGAAGUCUCCCCAACACUAUGACAAAUGGGCCGUUCGUAGAUAGACCUAUUACACUUCCUUCGUAUAGCUCCACAUCUGACCUUUUGGGUCACGACUCCAAUCUUGCCGACGGUGUCAUCAACCCAGUUUACCAUGAUAGUUUAGAGACUGGGUUACAUCUAGCUGGAAGUUACUGCGACUCUCCGGCUGAUAUGAUGAAAGGGGGCGAUCGAGAUGACGCCUCUAUCAGUGAAGCUGGUGAUACAUUGCGAAGGCGAACACCUCCAGGCAGGCAAGAUCCACGAGACAGCCUGGCAAGCAUGGAUAGCUUGCCGGGCUUGCGGCCGUCAUGGAAAACCUGGGAUAUAUUUCGCGUUGUGAAAGAAGACUCCGAAUCAACUUUAGACGACCCAACGCUAAGUUUAGUGAGGAAAAUAGUGAAAGUUUUAGUUGGAAUAUUUUUAACUUUAGCUGUAUUAGUAACUACUGUGAUUAGCAAGAGUACUUUAUUGUUGCUGACAUCUAAUAUCCAUACAAAUAUAACAAUUUAUUGUAAAGAUAGUGAAGACUCAAAAUCCACGUUGUGUUCCCGAGUGCAACCAAUACUAGAUCCAGAAAAUCCAUUCUACGAACUGGUUCAAAAUAUAGAAAUUCGUUGGAUUUGGGCUCUCUUCCUAACUAUUGUGAUACCCUACGUGUUCAAUUUUGGUAAAUCUAUGUGGCGUAUGUGUUUUAAGAGUACGAGAAGUCCAACUUGGGGAGUUUUAUUAGCGGUUUUGAUAUUUGAAAGUAUCCAUACUGCAGGUAUCUGUAUAUUUACCUUUCAAGUGCUGCCUAAUAUGGACUCUUUACGAGGUUUGGUUUUGACGCUAGGUGUGGCUUUUUUACCUUCCUGUCUCAAGCUGUUUGAUCGUCAGGAAGAAGCUGGUCGUUCGUGCUGGGUUGUCUUUCUAGAUCUGGUGGCAAUGUUUAUCCAGGCCUCUGUGCUUUUAAUGUGGACUCUUAAAAACUUAAUUAUGGGUGUGGAGACGGAUGAAAGUUGGUCUGUUCCAAUAUCGCUGCUGUUGAUAUCUUUUGGCUGGUGGGAGAACUACAUCAACCGCUAUACGUUUUUGGGUCCUGUUGGUAGACAACUCCUAAUACUAAAACGAUCCAUUCGGAGAAUGAGGACUAAGAUAUAUACAUUAGUGUCUUUGUGGAAGAUAGCUUUAACCGUGUGCAUUAUGACAAUGCUUAUGAGUAAGGGACAACUUUCGUGUAUGAAGGUUUUAUAUUUCCUGGGCGAGAGUCCAACCUCAGAAUGCCCCCAUAUGGUCUACCCAUACAAUAUGGACAACACUGAAGUAACAGACUAUUUAGACGAUCCUUUUUGGGUUAUGCUCUUCCAAGUCUUCUCCUGUCUUCUAUGUUACUCUUUUGCCAAAACAUCAUGUAAAAUAUUGCUUCAAGUUGGAAGCUUUGCUUUACCUUUGGUCCUUUCGAUGCCGAUUAUGAUCGCUACGCUGAUCAGCAGUUGUGAAUCAGGGAAGGAUAAUCCUGUAGUGAUAUCAGCGAAUUCCACUCAUUCUUGGCUACCAGCGAUACCCAGUUAUUUGUAUUGGGAAUGUGACAUUGGGGAAAGUGAUAAUUAUUUGUAUACAUUAAUGGUUGAUUAUUAUAUAAUCGCUGCAUUGGCUUGGUGGCUCUCUUUUAUGUGGGUGGCUGUUCAUAUUUGGUUUCCUCGUGUUGAAAGAUUGGUGCAAACAGAAAGGUAAGAAAGUAUUUUUUUUUAAAUUGAGCCCAUGUACAAUUCAGUUUGUAACUGGGAAACUGUUUUAAAGGGAAAAGUGGGAAGGCGAAGGGAAAUACGCCACUGCUCAUGCAAAGGUAUGGCGUCAAAUUUACGUUUUAAGGAGACAUUCCUACGUUUGAUCUGAUCUGACCUGGUGAGAUUAAGAUACUGCUAGCGAUAGUGUUGGUUUUUGUUCUUAAUCAGAAAAUUGCAUUUAUGUAUUUAUCAGAGACUCUGCUUAGAAAGUCUUUUUCGACAUGAUUUUAGGUUAUUUGUCCAAACCAUGUAUUGUGGAAUAUUCCUGGAGCAAAGUCUGAUAUUAAAUAGAAGAAGAGAUGACAAAGAUCGAGAUUUCAGACAUUAUAAAGAG